AUAAUAUCUUUUUUCUGUUCAUAUUUUGAUUAUGAUAAGGCCCAAUUAGGAAAUUAUGGCAGAUCCUCGUCUUAAAAAAAUCAAAGUCCAAACAGGUGUUGUCAAAAGGCUUGCAAGAGAAAAAGUCUCUUAUGAGCAGGAAGUUGAUUCACAUAAGGCAAAAAUUGAACAGUUCAAAAAAGAAGGAAAAGAUGAAGCAGUUGUAAAUAAACAAAUUGAAAUUUUAAAUGAAACGAUUCCAAUGAUAGCUGACACCCAGAGAAGACUGAAAAAAGCUUUCACAGAGUUUGAGGCUUUAUUAGAAGCCGAGAAAGAUUUGAAAGCCACUGAAGAGUACGCUGCUGGAUUGAAAGCCUUGGAAGACGCUAAACCACACUUACCAAGUUAAUUUCUUCAUGAAAAAAAUCCUAUAUUUGCAUAUUUGAUCGCUUAAUUAUUAAAACAAAUUCUCAAAAUCACUUGCUUUAUUAAUUUACAAAAUGUCUCACGAUAAUACUCAAAAUUGUGCUCCACCCCCAUUCAGCAAUUGCUUUCCAAAUUUUUCGAUCCCACCUCCUAAUUUUGUUCCUUAUUUAACCCCACCUUCCGCUUGCUCCCAACAAAAUGAGAAGCUGAUUUCAAACACUUUUGGAACUAAUCCAACAACAGAUUCACAUAAAUUUAACUUUGUUGCACCCACACAAAUUCCACCCCCAUCACAAUAUCCUAACAAUUUCGGUUUUGAGAAAAAACCACACAAUUUUUGUUUGCUGUCUGAUUCAGACAGCCCUUCAAAGUAUGAUUUAAGCUCAUGGUUAACAACAGUAAAAUUCAAGCAGUCUAAAGAAGAAAAGCCAAAAUUAAAUGUUUCUACUGUUAAGACACUUUUAACAAAGUAUCUGAAGCUUGUGAAAGUACUAGAAAGACUUUUGAUAUAUUUAAAAGUUGGAGAGACCUCUUUGGCUGAUGUUGAUUGGUUGAAAAAAUGUGAAGAGGUCGAUAAGAAAAGAAAUGAACUGAAUGAAAUAGCUGAAAUGUUCGAUAACCCAAAUUUCAUGGCCUCGGUUGAACUGACUGCAAGAAGAGCCCGGAAGAAAAGAGCGCAGAGAAAGGCAAAAAGGCUGUUGUGGCAAAUUAGAAAAAAUGAAACUGCAGAGUUUAGAGCCCGAGAGCACAAGCGGAUUGACAUCUGGUUGGAAAAAAUGAAAUACGAAGUAGAGCGAGUUCAAAGGGAAGAAAAUGUAAAACGGGAAGCAGAUCUUGUACUUUCAGAUGUCAAUGCAAAAAAAAGUGAAGCAAAAAGGAUGCUCAGUUUACUGACUUCACUGACAAAGUUGAGAAAUGCAAGGGCCCAGCAGAAAUUAGCAAAUGGAAAGUAUGUCUCUGAAGAAGAAACAAAAUCAUUUUCUCAGAUAGUUGAAAAAUUGAAGACAUUCUGGAUUGAACAGUUAAAAGAAUAUAACCAAGAAGAGACUGGGCUUCGUGUGAUGCUGAAUGACGCUGAAGUCGAAAGAAAAAAUAUCGAAUUGGCCGAGUUUAAAAAGUCAAUGAACCAGUGGAGUUCAGUAUUAUUUGGCAAGAGGUCGGAUAAACUACCUCAAUUCCUUCAAUUAAAUUCAUUGGAAGAAUACAUUACAGUCAGGUCGGCGUGGGAUCAGUUUUUGUCAAAAGAUGACGUUUCAUCUUCAAUUCCAGUUGGGUGGGUAGUUCCAGUGGAGCCGUCAAGUUCAGAGUGGGCAAAAUACAUCUUUGAUUAAUAUUUUGAUUUUUAGAUAAUUUUAGAUUAAAAAAAAAUAAAUUUUGUACUUUUAAGUUGCAUUAACACAGCUUUGUAUAUGUAUAUAUGAAAUGAAUUUAUAUUGAAUUGAAAUGAUAUAUAUUUGUAAUAUGUUUAAUAAUUAUAACAAAGCUUUACUUUCUAUAAUUUA